UCCUGGAUACAUCAAGCAACCUAUUUAGACUAACAGGAUAUCUUGGGAUAUUUCAGCACUGGACAGCUCUCUGUGAGCGCCUCUCUCUUUGCGUGUCUCUUCCCACAAGCGCGUCUCACACGUGCCAGCGACCAUCCAUCACACCUGGUGGGGGGGCAAGAGCAGAGAGCAUGGCGGACUCCCCACAGUAUUCUCCCCAAAACUGCUUCUAAGUCUCGAGAGAUGAGCAUACCGGAGUUCCUACUCGAAGUGUCCAUUGUGGUCAUAGCUGUUGUCUCGUUGCUGACAAACUUGUCAGUGCUGCUAUGCUUCACCCAGAGCGCAGACUUAAGGUCCCAUGUGCCCGGAAUAUUCGUCUUAAAUCUCUCCUUCUCCAACAUCCUUCUCGCUGUCGUCAACAUGCCUGCCACUUAUCUCGGGGUGGCCAAAAGUGCAAAGCCCUUCGGGGACAUGUUUUGCCACGCCGCCAGCUUUGCCGAGACUUUCACCGGCAGCAAUGCCAUGCUGACCAUGGCCGCGCUGAGCAUGGACAGGUGGAUAGCGGUGGUGUUUCCUCUGAGUUACUCCAGCAAGAUGCGCCACAGGGACGCGUUUCUCAUCGUGGCCUAUUCCUGGGUGCACUCUCUGACCUUCUCCUUCACUCAGCUGAUGAUGGACUGGGGAGGAUACAGUCACACUUACGCUUCGUGCACGGUUCACCUGGACGCGGGGCGGGCGCCUCAGCUGAAAGCCUAUGCGACCUUCACGGUGCUCUUCCACAGCAGCAGCUUUGCGCUCUGUCUCCUUGUCAUGUGCUUCGCUUAUUUGAAAGUUCUGAGAGUGGCAAGGUCGCACUGCAAGAGGAUAGAUGUCAUAACUGUGCAGACUCUGCUUCUGCUGGUUGAUAUUCACCCCAGUGUGAAGGAGAGGUGUCUGGCUCAAAAGAAGAAAAGAAGGCAGCGUGCUGCUAAGAAGAUUUGCAUCUUCAUUGGUUCCUUCAUCUUCUGCUUUUCACCCUAUGUUAUAACAAGGUUGGUGGAGUUGGUGCCCUCUGUGCACAUCCCACGCUAUUGGGGCAUUGCCACCAAAUGUUUAUUCUAUGCCAAGGCCUCCAGCGACCCCUUUGUCUACUGUCUUCUGCGGCAGCAGUACAGGAAGGCUCUGGUUAGUGUCAUCAGCUGGUUUGCGAGGAAGGAUCGGUACUUCCUGUCUGUCCCCAGCAUGAGCAGCACCUUGGACUCCGCCGAUGACAAAUGUCUCGCGAGCAUUACCUGAACUCCUGUCAGUAUGCUAAUUUGUAAGGGAUUAAAUCAUUCCAUGAGGGUCAGAAGUCAGCCCAGUACACGGAAAGAAGACAAUGCAUUGCUCAAGGACGCUUUAACAGGUCCAUGGCCCAUGGGGCUGCUUCAUUCACAGGAGGAACUCCUAAAGACACGUUACAGCUUCUACUCAACGAGACCUCAAUCACUUCUGAUAAAAGGCCUUUGCAGAGCUCAGAAAUUGUCCGGUCUUUUCCAGGGAUACACUACAUGAAAAGCCCAGCACCAUGUUCAGUACUGUCACUGGUAUAACUGCAAUUCUGAAGUACUGUAUAAGUGAAUUUGUCAGGUCUUCAAGUUUCAAUGAAAAACUGGACAAAUAUUCAUUGUAUUGUACUGUUUUGAAGCUAAAGUGACAUGUUUGUGUUAAUGGGCACCAGUAGGGUGUAAAAAUGGCUAUGAGAAUGUGUUAAAAUGUUAUAUCACAGUGUUAAAAAUAAAUUU